UAUGCUGUCUAAAUUCUAUUUGUACAAAGUUCCGCAAGCAAGAUAGGCUAAAAGCAAAGCAGAAAAGGAAAAGAGCAGAGCUCUCGAGAACUCCUCACCUCUGCCAGCAGUCCAGAUCGAUUCUGGAACAUAUGCCAUCAUCGCCAUGCUCCCUCCGCCGGAGUUCCGAGCCCCGCCGCCGUCUCCGGUAGCCGGCGUGCAUCCUCAUGGCCUGGACUCCCCAGACGGCGACGACGAGUUCGCCGGGUUCUUGAGCCACUCCCUCCGAGUACCCAAACUCAACCUGCCGCAUCGCAUCUUCCCCCAGGAAGCAACGGCGUGGAACCCCCCGGCGAUCGACUUCCGGCCGUUGAUCUCGCCGGGGGACGCCGAAUCAGGCGCCGCCGAUCUUGUCAAGUCCGCGGCAGCAGCCUUCGGGUGCUUUCAACUCGUGAACCAUGGGAUCUCACCGGGCCUCGUCGCGGCGGUCGGAGCCGCGGCGUGCCCCGCGUUCGGAAUCCCGCUCGAAUCGAGGACAAAGGCGGCGAGAUCCCCGGAGAGGCGGUGGGGAUUCGAAGUGGAAGAGGAAGGGGAAGGCGAGGAGUUCUUGUGGUGGUGUAGGAGCGGGAUGGGAGACCGAAGAGAGUUAGCGGCGAUUUGGCCACGGAGUUAUAAGGAUUUCAGCGAUAAAGUGGAGGGCUUGUGGUGCGAGAUCCAGAAGAUUGCAAGCAGAGUCGAAGAGGUUUUGUUGGGUAAGAAGGCGGGAAGAGAGGAGGAAGCAGCAGAUGGCUCUUUGCUUUGCCUCCACAAGCAUGCACCGAAUGGAAGUCAUAAUGGUGGGAUAAAGCAUGAACUGCUAAGGAUGCUGGUGAGGAGUUGGAGCUGCUCUUGUGAUUUGAGCCUGCAUCUCCCAGGUGGCGCUUCGGAGUUCCAUAUCUACUCCAAGCGAGGUUGGUACCGGUUUUGUCCGGAGAAUGCAGCCGUCGUCGUCACCGUUGGCGAUCAAAUCCAGGCAUGCAGUGGUGGGUUCUACAAGCAUGUCAUCGGGAAGCCAGUUCUGAAGAAAGGAGACCCCCAGGAUUCCAUCUCCAUGGCAUUCCACCACACCAGACAUCAAGCCAUCGUCCACGGCAUCUCCCGACCGAAUCUACACUCGGAAAAGGAAAAGACCAUCUCUCUCGCUGAGCAAAUCAUGGUGGCAGCGUGCCUAGCAAUUGCCUACCACAUAAUAGCCUUCUUCUUCUGUCGUAGUUGAAUGAUGCGGCGUUAUGUUAUGGGAGAUGUUUGGUGUUCCUAUCUCUAGUGUGUACGCAAUUACAGAAUGGUGAGUGCAUUUGAUAUUUUCUUUUACUGUAA